AUGUCUUGCCCUUACCUUCAAUCAAAUUUGGAUAAUAUGAAAAACAACAAUAGUAAUGUUGAUGAAAUACCGAUUUUGACAACAACGACAAAUAGUAUUACAAAUGAUCAUGCACACGUCACAGAACCAUUAAAUUACACGACAUACUUAGGUUUAAAUUCAUUAUUAUCUUCAUUGCGAUGUCUCAGUCAUGUUGAUCGAUCCAAUGAAAGCAGUCUACCUGUACAUGAUGAACAUUUUUUCAUUAUAAUUCAUCAAGCUUUUGAACUGUGGUUCAAAGAAAUUAUUUACGAAAUCGAUUCGAUUCGAGACAUUUUCGGCAGCAAUGAUGAUGUUGCAACCUUUGUUUUUGACAUCAGUUUACGUUUGAAUCGAAUAGGAAAAGUUUGGAAAAUAUUAAUUGAUCAAUUACAAUUACUUGAAUCGAUGACACCAAUGGAAUUCCUCGAAUUUCGCGAUUUUAUUACACCAGCAAGUGGAUUUCAAAGUUUGCAAUUUCGUAUCAUUGAAAUGAAACUCGGUUUGACCGAUAAAUCACGAGAUGCAUAUAAAUCAAAUUUUUUUACUGAAACAAUGUUUAAAGGCAAACAAUCAAAUGAACUUCAAACAUCUAUAGGAGAAGUUUCAUUGUUACGGCAUAUUGAACGAUGGCUUGAAAAAAUCUAUGAUGAGACAUCAUUUAACUUUUGUGAAGUCUAUGAAGAAGCUGUGGAAUCUAUGAUUGAUCAUGAUAAACAAGAAAAAAUUCAGAAUGGCAUCGAUGAACAGAUUGCUGAAAUAGAGGCCGACAAGGCGAAAUUGCAAUUUGAUGAAAUGAUUAAUUCUAUAAAAUAUCAAGUACUUGUGAAUAAUAACCAACGUCGAAUGAGUCAUAAAGCUAUGUUAGCUGCGUUGAUGAUUGCACAUUAUUAUCAACAACCUUGUUUUCAACAGGUAUAUCAAAUAAUUAGUUUACUCAUGGAUAACGAUACUUUAAUGACAAGUUGGCGUCAUAGGCAUAUUCUUUUGGUUCUUCGUCAGAUUGGUCGAAAACCAGGUACAGGAGGUACUGAUGGAUUCACCUAUCUCCAAGCAACACUUAAUUUUUGA